ACUCUGGCCGAUGCAGACUAUCCGUUUGCAAAGCAGUUUGAGGUCUUCAAUACCUCAGUUGUACUGAUGGUGGCCGAGAAAUAUCUACGUCUAUACGCUGCGCUCUGUGAGCACCAAGCCAUCUUGCGUAGCCAAAGAACAGUUCCUUAGAAUCAAAGGAUUUCUUUUGCACAACAGUUUACUCGAGCAAGGAGUAUACCACUUCCAUAUCGAAGUAAAGAUAGAAGCAUGAAACGACACCAACGAAAGUGCUGACUCCUCCUAACUAGUGAAUUGAAGGCGAUGCUUGCUUAUGAUUAUCAUAUAGACAACAAGAAUAGUUGAAAGUUAUUUAACUAGGGGUGACCUCUACUACCAAACUAGAAGUCAGGUCUGGAGGAUUAUAUGACUGUAGCAUGGAGCAGAACAUGGUUAUCCAAGACGACAAGAUCGUGUAGCAAGAGCAUCAAAUCUUCGCGUCACAAAUAUAUGAACUGCAGCCCCUUCAUAAGACUCGAAUAUCUCAAAAGUUGUGACAUCACUGCGGGCCAAGCUUCACUGACCCGGUUAGCCACUAGCCUGAUCCUUCGGCCUGGGGUUAUCGGCUGUGAACACCAACUUCGACGCAACACGAGGUGCUCCGCUUAUCUCACAUGUCCCACCCACUGCUUGACAGCCUGUCAUCAGUACGCUACCAUGCUUUCUCUUUUUCUUCUACUAUCCCUUUACAUGCUGCUUGUGACCUCAGAGUGGACAAACCCCAAAGACGCUCUCAUCAACCCACGUGGUCAGAAAGUAUGCUUACAGCAAUGCGGAACCUCGGAGUUGAAGUGUCCAGAAGCAUUUGUAUGUCAUCUUUACUCUCACGAUCCUGUAUUAAAACUAAUGUUCCAGUAGUGGCCUGAACAGAGCAACUUCUGCUACCGCUGCUGUUCAACAUGGGGCGAAACGGUCAUCAAGAUCGCGUGCCAUGAUGAAGGAGUGAGAAAAACGAACAGUAGC